CACUAACAUCAUGUUUCGCAUGUGCGCUGACGAGUAGACUUAACAUGUACACUCCAAUACCCUUCGCGCUCUUAACGUUAUCCCUGUUCUCCCAGCUGGUUACGUCCCAAACCAAUGAAUCCACCGAGUUACGUUUAAUGCACCGUGUAGUGCAUCCUGACCUUCCUGUGACACCAUGGGCUGAGCUGGGAACUGUCUCCAUCCCAUCCUUCAAAUCCAUUUCACCCACUGGCUCGCACGCCCCAUUGUCACUAGCAGAGUCAUUACAGGAUGACCUUGCAGAGUUCGCAGACGCAGUGAAUCCUAAUAUGCAAGGCGCAAUGUACCACGUCGCAAUCGAGCUUCCAGAAUCGGAGGGGUCAGUGUCGAGUAUUAAAGCAUGUCUACUCCCUUCCUCCACAUCCGCAAAUAUAGUUAUCCAUUUCUCCGCAACGGGAGAACCAUUUGCGAUCGACUAUUCCGUGUCGCCAGUACCUCAAGAUGGAAUAUGCCCUGUGACGAGCACGGGGAGCUACCCAGCACAUAACGCGAGUAUAGUGCUCAAGUCACCACGGAUGGCACCUUUACCUGAGCUGCGAAUCCCACCUCCGCUCACGCCUGAAGGCGAGCCAGUAGUGCCUGUUCCUGAGAAAAGUUUCGUGCAGAAGUACUGGAUAUAUAUGGUUGUUGUUCUCGGGGCACUGCUGAUUUCUGGGCCUGGCGAGGACUCCCCUAGCGGUGAUGGGAAAGGAGGAAAGUAGAACCACAUGCUAGGUACAAAAUCAGAAUCACUCGGAGCACUUUCAAACAGAAUUGCUCUGCCACUAUAAGACCGAUCGUGAAUGAGCAGCUACGAGAAAUUAUUUCUGAAUAAGUUGUGACGGUGUUCGCGAGCAAUAUAUCUUCGAGCAGCAUCAUGAAUCAUUUCUGAUGAGGCUCGAGCAGGUCGAAAAA